AGAAUGGAUUCAGAUACUCUUGCUACAACUUCCGAGUUGCUUGCAGCGGCUUCAGGAUUCUGCUUGACUGUAGAGCAAAGGGCCUUGCUACCAUCAGCGCUAAAGAUCCUGAAGAGUGAACAUGCUUUCGCAAAGGUGUAUUAUUGGGGAAAGAUACAAGGGCUAUCCAGCGAUUACCUGAUUGCUAUGGGGUUGGGGUCGAAGGAGAUUAGCUACAAGGACGAAUCAUUGAAGACCUGCGGAGAGAUCACUGUCGCUGAGUUUUUCGACACCUUGAAACUCUUCAAGAAGAAAUUCUUCCGACUGGGGCCGGACGGGGUGAGUUGGACUGUCUUGCCGGAUGUAGAUGAAGAAGUGAAGAAGAAGUACAGCGAGUGGAGCAGCUCGCUGAAGAAGAAAGGGACUGUGUUCACGCCGCUCAAGGGAGACGCAAGCCAUAAGUACGAGUAUACUGUCGGGGAGGAGACGAAGGAGCUUUCAGAGGACGAGAGGGUAGCCUUCAUGGUGCAGGAGAUCGACGAGGAAUGCAGUGUUGUCCCCGUGGGAUCGUUCGUGCUCAAUUCGUCGCAGCGCGUCAUUGUGAACCCUUACUACAAGGGCCUUGACCUUUCAGCCGCCGUCCGGCUAGAUUCCUACAUGCAUCUCAGAAAACCGAGAACUACUCCUGCCCUCCCCGUCGCUGAACGAUCAGCAUUGAAGAAAUCGACGCAGUUCCUCGACUUUAUUGCAAACGAUCAGCCCAAGGGAUGCUGGUCGCUCAAGCAUGACCCUUCCUCCUCCCUCGUCGUCCUCCGCAGCCUCUCCUUCCCGGGCUUCGUCCAUUUCAACGCCGUCGACUCGCCCGUCCAUGGAGCGAUCUACAACGGGACAGGCGCGAGGAAUUUCGAUUUGCCUUUCAUGCUUUGAGAGAGGACAAGGAGGAGGAGGAGGAGGAGGAGGAGGAGGAGGAGGAGGGACACUGGGUUGUAAGGAAUAAUAUAACAUUCAUGAAGAUAGCACU